CCCAAAACCCUAUCUGCUCUACUCCAUUCCGAUGCGUCUUCCCUACCCUGCUCCCCCUCCUGCGUACCUCGCCAAUCGCCGACCUCCUCGCCGGUGAUAUGGCGGUGGAUCUGCUGGCUUCCGCCGUCUAUUUCCCCGUCGUAUUCUUCGACGGAGAUCGCGAGAUUGACGUAGGAUCCGUCCCGCUGUACUCCUCGCUAGGGUUCAAGAAGUUCCAGGCCAUCGUUAGCCAGAGGAUCGGCGUCUCCGCCCAGCAGAUCUCGUUGUCCCUGGUCCGUCGGAAGAAGGCCCGGGUCUCGCCGGAUGUCCGCCGCAAGGUGCCGAUCGACGAGACUUCCGACUUCGCCUCCAUCGUCUGCGAGAGGGACUGCUUCAUCCUCGCCUCUCUGCGCCGGUCGCGACGGGAACGUCGGGGACGGUCGAGAAGGAAGGUCCCCGGCGCGGGGGAGGAGGUGGCGUUGCCGGAGCUAAAGAUCCUGAGGCGCAACCCUGCGAGAUCGGGCUUCAUCGAUCCAGCUUCGGGUCUGCUCGUACCGGAAGCGGUCGCUGGGAUUGGGCGCUGGGAGUACGAGGUGCAGCUGCGGAACCUCCAGCGGCAGAGGGAUAAGUUCUUUCUGUCGGCCGUGGCCGACGGCCCGCUAGCCCCUUUCGCGGUUCCUCGGUCGCCGUGUAUUGCGUCGACGUGCGAGGAUUGCGAGGUGGCGAAGGCGGAGGGGAGGCUGCCGGGGUUCCACUGGUGCGUGCACGACGCGGUCACCGUCGGAUUCCGGUCGAUGGUGGGGCCCAUCCAGCGGCCUUUAAAGAAGGAGCUCGAAGCUUCCGCACAGGUGGAAGGAUAAGCGGCAAUGCCACCUCCUUAUUCCUCCCUUCCCAUUCAUUCACAUUGUUUCUUCAACCAAAAAAAGAAAGAAAAAAAAAAGAACAGAAAAUAGAAAUAGAGGAGGCGUUGUGGGCGGUAUAAUCCUCGGGCCGAGGUUCCAUCGAAGAAGACCUGGCUCUCAGCUGGCGCUGGGCUCCACAUCGGGUUGGAAGAGUCGACGUUGAUAGGCGGUGAGUCCUACCACGUCAACGUGCGUGCGUUUGAAGUUUGGUGGGUGUAGUGUCCAGGUUUCGGGAGUUUUUUCUUUUUGAUAUAUUUUUUAGUUUUUGGGAAACCCCAAAAAUAACCGAAUGCGAGAGGUUUGUUAUGGAUGUCUGAUAGUGCAAUUGCACAUCUAGAAUUUGAAACUAGAAUUCAAACCUUACAUUGUC